AAAAAAAAAAAAACUAGUCCAUAUAAAUGUUUUUUCCCCACUCCAGCAGUGAGGCAAUUACAAAUACAGACUCAUCAAAUACUAUAAAGUUUUCAUUUGCUUUGUAGAGUUUCAUAUUCAUUGGAAAAUCAGCAUUGUUUAGAGAUGGUUGAGGAGAAGCAAAAGGAAGAAGAAGAGAUAGUGCUAAAAGUUAAUAUACAUUGUGAAGGUUGUGCAAGAACAAUUGCUAGAGCUUUGAAAUGCCUUCAAGGAGUGGAGGGAAUUAUGAUGGAUUACAAGACAAGUAAGGUGGUGGUGAUAGGCAAAAAUGUAGAUCCACUUAAAGUGUGUGAAAUGGUGCAAAAGAAAAGUGGUGGGAAAGUUGAACUUAUUUCACAUCAACAAAGUACAAAGGAAGAAGAAGAAAUUAAGAAAGAAGAAGAACCCAAAGAAGAGAAAACACAUGAGCCUCCUCGAGAAAUAACAGUUGUAUUGAACGUUCAAAUGCAUUGUGAUGCUUGUGCUCAAGUUUUGCAGAAACAAAUCAGCAAAAUCAAAGGCGUAGAAUGUGUUACGACAGACCUUGAAAAAAAUCAAGUAAUUAUAAAAGGUGUGAAUAUUGACCCAGAAAAGCUAGCAAAUGAUGUGUAUAAGAGAUGUGGAAAACAAGUUUCACUCUUAAAUAAUAUUAUUACCCCCAUUGAAGAGAAAAAAGAUAGUAAUACUAAAGAAGAAGAAGAGGAGGAAGAAGAAGAAGAAAUUAUGGAGAAUUAUAAUUUGGCUCAAAAGUACAACAACAACAACAUGGAGUACUAUGCUAAUUAUUCCCGUCAAAUUUUCAGUGAUGACAAUUCUCAUGCUUGCUCUCUCAUGUAAUUUUUUUCAGUCCAAUUUUAUUUAAUUUAUAUAUAUAUGUUCUAGUAAAUGUAUUGGAUCAUGGCUUAAAUUUCAGUUUUUUUUUUAA